GAUGGGGAAGGGAUGAAGGGGGGGAGGGGGGCUGGGGGGGGCGGCCCGGGGCUCCCCCGCCCCCCCGGGAUCCCCCCCGCUAAAUGUGGAAAAAAUGACGCCACCACCCGCCCCGCGGUGUCGUCAGCGUAGCGGGUGGCGCGGAUUGGCUGGCGGCGGCCCCGGUCCGGGGGGGCUCCGCGCCCUCCGCCGACUUUUAAAAGUGGCGGCGGCGCCGGGUCGGGGCCGGGACGAGCGAGCCGGGAGGAACCGACCCGACCCGACGGCACCGACCCCACCCGACCCGACCCGACCCGACCCGACCCAGGCCGAGCCGAGCCGAGCCGAGCCGAACCAAGCCGGACCGGACCGAGCCGAACCGGGACAGACCCGGAUCGCGGACAACCGACCCGACCCGACCCACCGGGACCCUCCCGCACCGAGCCCAUGUCCAACGCGCACUUCAACCGCGGGCCGGCCUACGGGCUGUCGGCCGAGGUGAAGAAUAAGCUGGCGCAGAAGUACGACCCGCAGCGGGAGCGGGAGCUGCGUGCCUGGAUCGAGGCGACCACCGGCCGCCGCAUCGGGGACAGCUUCAUGGACGGCCUCAAGGAUGGUGUCAUCCUCUGCGAGCUCAUCAACAAACUGCAGCCCGGCUCCGUGCAGAAGGUGAACGAACCCAUCCAGAACUGGCACAAGCUGGAGAACAUCGGGAACUUCCUGCGGGCCAUCACGCGCUACGGGGUGAAGCCCCACGACAUCUUCGAGGCCAACGACCUCUUCGAGAACACCAACCACACGCAGGUCCAGUCCACCCUCAUCGCUCUCGCCAGCCAGGCCAAGACGAAGGGGAACAACGUGGGUUUGGGGGUGAAGUACGCGGAGAAGCAGCAGCGGCGCUUCCACCCCGAGAAGCUGCGUGAGGGCAGGAACAUCAUCGGCCUCCAGAUGGGCACCAACAAGUUCGCCAGCCAGCAGGGCAUGACAGCAUACGGGACACGGCGGCACCUCUAUGACCCCAAGCUGGGGACGGACCAGCCCCUGGACCAGGCCACCAUCAGCCUCCAGAUGGGCACCAACAAGGGUGCCAGCCAGGCGGGGAUGACGGCACCAGGGACAAAGCGGCAGAUCUUUGAGCCGGCACUGGGCAUGGAGCACUGCGACACACUGACCAUCGGGCUGCAGAUGGGCAGCAACAAGGGCGCCUCGCAGCAGGGCAUGACAGUGUACGGGCUGCCGCGGCAGGUCUACGACCCCAAGUAUUGCGGCGGCCCCGAGCUGCUGGGCGAGGAUGGCCUCGACGGCCUCUACAACUCCCAGUAGCCGCUGGCCCACGGCUGCUUGCACCGCACUGCCCUGCUCUGCGCAGGGCUGCACCGCACCGGCCUCACCGCGCCCCCGGCCCUGCGGGGCCGGCUUGGCCGGGGGGCUCGGCCCGGGGGGGCUCGGCCAGGGGGCCCGGCCCCGCCGUCACUCCCCCCCCGCCACCGAGGCACAAUAAAACCCACAUGCAAA